CCCGGGCAAACUUUGUGGAGGGAAAGUUGCAGUUUUCAGCUUUUUUAGAUGAGAUAACAAAACAGGUUAUGAGUCCUUCCCAACUCUCCAUCUUUGGCGUGAACCCCAACAAAACUACUGAGAAGACCCCUUCCCCAGUCCCCAAACUUGAGCCAGUCAAGCCUGCGCUUCCUCCCAAGAAGCACAGAGGUGGGAAACGGAGUGACACCGAGCUCCCAUUGAAGCAACACAGCAGGCAAGUGAAACCGACCAUCGGCUCGCGAAAACAUUCAGACUGCUCCGAUUCGGACAGGCUGACAACAUGCGUAGAAAGGAAGCACCGCGGCAGCCCCCCACCUCGUCACUACACGCAAUCUGCCGGCCACGGACGGAAAGAUAGGAGGCCCUCUCCAGCUGGAGAUUCCAUGUCAGGGGACAGAUACGGCAGAUAUGGGCCUCAUCAUACAGACGGAACCAGCACCAGUCCUGAACCAGCCCAACCCAAGCAGCGCCACCACCGCAAAUACUAUCCCAGCAACUUUCAAAACCAAAACCCACAUACCCAACACUUCCCUAUGCAGACGCACCAUGAGGCUGAGCACGGAGGGCCGAGCAACUCGCCUCCACACUCAUCCCAGCUUGCAAGACAAGGGUUCGGCUCUGAGUCCUCAUCCACAAAGUCCGACUCAUCCAGGGGCCGAGACAAUGCCUCCACGGCUACUAGCCACAGCUCAGAGCAGGGAUGCCAACCCCAGUCACAGCCCUUGGGGAUCUCUAAGCAGCACAGGAACAUGCUAUGCGAUCCGGACCACCUUCAGGCGUUGCAGGAGGAGAAUGCUGAUCUCCACCAGAACCUGCUGCAGACCGUGGUUUGCAUUGAGAGCCUGGAGGCAGAGCUGCAGAGGACCAGAGACGAGCUCAGUCAUGUCAAGGAGAAAUAUAAAAGCCUGCUGCCGACACAUAGUGGGACAAAAGAGGCAAAUAAUCUACUGGGAGAGCACCUUCACAAAGCGUCGGAGAGCCUGAGCAGUGAGAGAAAAUUUCUUCUGAAUCGCGUCUCCCAGCUGGGCUCAGAGCUGAACGACGCCCACAGGACCAUCGCAGCGCUGGAGAACAUUAACGUACCAGUUUUGGUAAAGGAGCUCCUGGAGAAAUAUUUUGGUUCUGCUGAAGCCAUUCAAACUUUUCUCACAAACUCUUUUCCGACCAGCCAGCAGACAGAUGGCCAAUCCUGCGAUCCCAGAGCAGAGGAAGCAGCACAAGGUUGCCUGAGCGAGUCAGAGGCAGGUCGGCAGAGGGUCACGGCCUUCAUGCCGAUUAAACAGGCUCUGACCCCAGCUAAAAAUGAGGGCAGUCUUCCAGGCCAGCAUGAGUCCACUCACGGUCCAUCGUUCUCUCUGGCUGAAAUGGGAGCCGCUUCCUAUAAAACCACAGCUCCCAGUUAUCCUGCCAGACCACAGCCUGUUUACCCACAAACCCAGCAGCAGUUACUCCGGAGCGCUGCCCACACCGACGCCGCUCCAGACCCUCGGCACGCCCACGCGGCGGGUGACAGAUGGGAAGGAAGAGGAGGGUUGAAGGUGCUGCUCUUCGAGCAGGAUGCAGGGGACGUGAACUCCAUGUCGGCCCAGCAGAUCCUGGAUGAUUUCAUGCAUCAUCUGCAGGCACACAAGGAGGCCGGGGGAGGGAAGGAGCAGCAGAGUGGGCAGGAGUGGAUGAACGGGGUGGAGCAGGCAGGGAAAGUGGGAGACUGAGAUCGCCAUGUGAGGAGCUUAUUCCUGUCCUAAUUAUUUGCCAGCAGUGAUUGUUCUUUAGGUGGCUAAAAGAGUCAGAGGGUGUAGAUCUAUUUAAUUAAUAUAUGAUGUUGUGUUUGUAGAAUUUUAUAUAGCUGAAUGAAGCUAACACUUCAAGGUUGGAAACAAAAACAGUUCAGAGCAACUUUUGCGAACAAAAAGAAGAGAUUUGCAUAUGCCAUCUGGAAUGUUGCAUCUAUAAAAGAUAUUAUUUUUAAAUAUUCACACAAUGUGUUUUCUAUCAAGUUGUAGUCCCCAAAACAGUGCAGAAUAUACUGUUACAUAUCUGUAACACUGAAUAGAAAGUCUCUGUUAACUCUGAAAAUGUAGAACAUUUGUUUAACAGCUAAACAAAAAUAGAUUUUGAAUAAUAGGGAUGAUUUCAGAUGAAAACUGUUCUCUCAGUUUCAUUUACUGAGCAGCUUCAGUUGAAUCUUGGUAUGAAUUAGCACAAGACAAAAACAAACUAAAAAUGUAUACACCCGGGGUUUCAACGACAAGAAAACACUUAACUGGAAAGUUUAAGCAGAAGGUCUUUCUGUUAAUUUUAUGUAAUUUGUGCCAUGUUAAGUCUAUCUAACUGAGGACAAAUACAACUUUAAAGAGAAAAUUGGCAGAAAUUCUAAGAAAAUCUCUCAAACAUAUUGAAAAAAGUAUUUGGCCACACUUGAAACGAUGUCAUGUUUAAAUAUAAACUCUUUAAUAUGCUGUUGGUUCCCAUUUUUCAGCUGCAAGAACUUCUUCUCUUCUUUGAGAGGUUUUCAUAGAGCAUCUUUGUGUUGAUUUGUUCUGUGGAGCAUUUAUGAGGUCAGGCACUGAUGCUGGACUCAAAGAUCUGGUUGGCCUUGGGAUCCCUAUUUCAAACCUGUUUGAUGGGAUUAAAGUCUGGAUUAUGUGAAUCAGAUGUCAUAAAAUGUCUUUACUUGGCUAUAAUGAGUUAAAAAUGUUUGACUGACUUUCCAAUUAAAAGUGGUGGCCAUAUACUUCUGUAAAUGUUGUCUGUCUCAUCACAUGUAAUGCUUUUAAAAUGCUUUCCUGUGUUAUUCAGCUGUGUUAUCGAGUUAAGUGUGUUAGUAAAGAUGAGUAUGAAUGCAUAGAUGUACAUACUUCACAGAAUGUCUAAUUAUUUAACACAGUGGUCCUUCCAUGUUAAAAUAAUAGAGGCUCUUUGCUGCUUUAGUGACCUUGAUGUACAGUAAAAUAUGAAUGUAUGUAAUAUGAAUGGAUUUUCAAGCUGUAGAUUAAACAAAAAGCAAAAUUAAAGUUAUUUUAGUCUGUAUAGUAUCAGUUUCACUAUUAAAUGUGCACAGUGUGUUUAA